UUUCUGUCAAUGACGACAUAACCUCUCUUGAAUGUUAUUAAUAUUAGCGAAGGUUAUAAAAUUUAAUAAAAGGCUUGUUGAAAUGUUUUUGUGUUAAUAAAUUUGAUAAUAACUUUUACUUUGCAUUUUUAAGAUUGUUAAGGGGGACACUUAAAACAAAUUACAAUGUGGUCUUGAAGAUAUAUGAAUUCCCUGAGUCUACAUUUAAUAUAUUUUAUUUAAGAAUGAAUUCUAACGUUAACCCAACUUACAAUUGGGUUGAUAUAACCGAAUAUUUCUUGAAUGCAGUUAAAGAUCUUAGUUUGGGGGAGCUUUUACAUGAUGGAACGUUUGGACUGUUUGAGGCAAUGUCUGCAAUUGAAAUGAUGGACCCUAAAAUGGAUGCUGGGAUGUUGUGUAAUCGAGGAACAAGGAAAAUAAAGUCAUUUGAUCAAGCAGUUAAGGAAAACAAGUUAAAACUUUCUAAAUUUACAAUAUCUGAACAAAUAGGAAUUAUCGAUACAACCUUGUCUUGUGUGGUGUCUUGGCUUGAAGGACAUUCACUUGCCCAAACUGUGUUUACAAAUUUAUACUUACAUAAACCCUACCUUAUACAGGACAGAACAUUGAAAGCAUUUUGUUUAGCAGUUUUUAAACUAUUAGAGAUCAUUAAAGAUUUUGUUCACAAAGCAAUGGUAUAUGAAGAAGAAGAUUUUCAACCAGUGCAGUAUGGUUACCACUUAUCACCUGAUAUUUCAGAACAGAGAACAAUUGGAAUGUUGAGGGAAGUAGAAGAGGAACUUCAUAAGAAAAGUCGGAAUAAAAAUGAUGAAAAGUCCACUGAAGAGAAUUAUUUGCAGAAUGAAGAACUAUCAGCUAUAUUUGCAAGAAUUAAAUUUAUGAGAGUGUUUUAUCAGUCACUGUUAAUGCUCUUACAAAGAAAGGAAGACAUACAGCCUCCAAUAAUUGACUGUCAGAGACUAUUCCAAACUGCUAUAGAUAUGCUGUUAGUAAUGCGCAAAACGGUGAAAUUAGGUGUUAUGCCUACAUGCGAAAAUUCUCAAAUACUAGGUUUCGAACCACUUAUAAACCAAAGACUACUGCCACCUACAUUUCCACGUUAUACAAAAAUUAAAGCCAGAAAUGAAGCAAUGAAUUACUUUGAGCGAAUGAUAGAUAGAUUAAAAAUAGUUUGUAAAAUUCAACAUGUGUCUUCAUUUCAUCAGGCAUUGGACUUUUUUAUAGACUUUAGUAAAGGAAGUCCGUGUAUUCUUUCAAGAUCUGCUUUGCAGUUACUUUAUUUGGGAAGCAAUACCACAAUAAUAGGCUCAAACAGUAACGUUCUAAAAGAUUUACUUAAAGAAUCGGCCAAAGCUUUUAUAUCACCACCAGCAUUAAUGUCAAAAACUAUUCUAACAAACCAACAGGCAAGGCUUUACGUCGACACAUUUCUCACACACUGCACCCGACCGUUUGCGAAUUUACUUCAACUUUGUGGUCACAAUCGAGCUAGGCAACGAGAUAAACUCGCUCAUUUACUGGAAGAAUUUACUGCUUUGCAAGAUGAGGCGGAAAGAGUAGACGCGUUUUUACAUAAUCUGUCGUUAAAUAGUACCUACGCACGGCCCCAUUUAGCAUGUUUCGGAACAUGGAUUUUGUAUCAUACAUUGCGAAUUAUGAUAAUGUAUCUAGUGGCUGGUUUUGAAUUAGAGCUCUACAGCGUUCAUGAAUAUUACUACAUUUACUGGUACUUAUAUGAAUUUUUAUAUGGUUGGUUAGUAUCAGCUCUAACUAGGGCAGAUAGUUUUUUGGUUGAACAGGAGUUAGUUGGCGAAAUGCAGAAAACGAAGGGGAACAAAAAAUCGAGGACGAAAUUUCGGAAAAAGGUGCGUCCAUAUCACAAGGACAUUAUUUUUUUUCAAGCCCUUCAAAAUAUGUGUGGAGGAUAUUACAAGGCACUGAUUGGGUUUAGAAUGGAAGGAAAAUUAAAAAUGCCUGAUCCUCAAUUUGAUAAUGAAAGGGUCAGGUAUGAGCACAGAUUUGCUCCCUUUCAAAACCUGCUCACACCUCCCCCUGUACCUUACAGUGAAUUUAGGGAUAUGACAACACCAUCCCGUUUUAAUCAACAAUCUGUCGACAGCAUAUUUCUUUAUAUUGCCGGUUGUAAACAUUUUCAUCAAGCCAGGCAGCUUUUAGAAACCAUUCAACCAUGCGACGAAGAGGUUACAGCUCUUCUAAAAAUAUGCAAAACCAAUUUUGUAGUAUUAAAAUUGUUAUCUGGGGGACAUAAAAAGGAAUCGAUUAAUCCCCCAAAUUUUGAUUUUACUUCACACCAACACUUUCCUUUAAUUAAAUGGCUCUGAUGAUAGGU